UUUGUUUCAGUAGCUAUCUGAACAUAAAAUUAAUCGAAUUGUACAUACAAAUGUGUGUAUGUUCAUAAUCUUUUUUAGAGAGUUAAUAAGUAUUAUUCUUAGUGUUAUUUUCGGAAAUUAUUAUCAGCGCGCAAUAUUAGAAAGCUAAAUUGUUGAAUAUCACAUGUACCAAAUUUUCUAAAAACUUUCAAGUAUGGAUAUGGGGGCUGAAAAAGGCGAAGCGUUCAACAAAGAGCCGGACGGCGGCAAAGUCACGGACGUGGUCGCGGCCUUGCCCACGGACCCAAAAACAAUUCAAGACAAUGAAGUCGAUUCAACGUGUUCUGUGGAGGAAUCAGCCGGUGCUCCUCCGAGCGAACCAGUGCAGGAAAAGCCGGAAGCUCCACUAAUAGGAAGUCGUUCACCAAGUGCCACUCGAAAGUCACGCAGCCGUAGCGGUAGUGCUAUUGACAGCUCUCGACGCUCUCGUAGUCGAUCUGGCUCCGCUCGCUCAGCCAGCGGGUCGCCCCAUCGUUCUCGAAGUGGAUCUCAACGCUCACGCAGUGGAUCUGGAUCUAGACGCUCGCGCAGCGGAUCUGCUCGUUCGCGAAGUGGUACUCGCUCUCGCAGCGGCUCUAGACGUUCACGCAGUGGAUCGAAACGUUCACGUAGCGGCUCUGAGGGACGCUCACGCUCACGAAGUGGAUCCAGACGCUCUCGUAGUGGAUCCAGACGCUCUCGUAGUGGAUCCAGACGCUCCCGUAGUGGAUCGGGAUCCAAGCGUUCACGCAGCGGAUCUGCGCGCUCACGCAGCGGAUCUGCACGAUCACGUAGCGGAUCUGCGCGCUCACGUAGCGGAUCAAGGCGUUCUCGCAGUGGCUCGAGACGUUCUCGUAGUGGAUCUGGAUCUAGACGUUCUCGCAGUGGAUCUGGAUCUAGACGCUCACGCAGUGGAUCUGGAUCUGGACGCUCGCGUAGUGGAUCAAGACGUUCACGUAGCGGAUCCAGACGAUCACGUAGUGGAUCUGCCCGCUCACGUAGUGGAUCUGCGCGCUCACGCAGUGGAUCGAGGCGUUCGCGUAGUGGAUCGAGGCGUUCGCAUAGUGGAUCUCGUUCUCGCAGUGGAUCCAGACGUUCACGCAGCGGGUCCAGACGAUCCCGGAGUGGCUCUGGUUCCAGGCGCUCACGCAGUGGCACACGCUCGCGCAGUGGCACUCGCUCACGCAGCGGCUCCAAGGACUCACGUGCUGGCUCCGUUCGCUCACGCAGUCGAUCGAAAAGCGCGGACUCCUCACACAGUCGCAGCAAAUCAAAAAGGAAGUCUGACCAACGCUCGCGCUCAAAUAGUGCUGCCGACUCGAUCACAUCCCAGGAUGCACUGAAUCGCAAACGUGUUAUCACCAGCGACUCUGAAGAUGAUGUACCAAAGCUAUACAAGAAACGGGCUAAAAUCACCGACACAGACAACGAGGACGAGGAUGAGGACAGGAAGAAGGACGCUGAUGAUAAUAUGGCUGAAAAGUCACAGGCUAAAAUUAUUGAAAGCUCGGAUGAUGAAAACACGCCCAUUUCAAAUGAGCCAGAAAACAGCAACUUCAUAUCUGAUUUUGAUGCAAUGUUGAUGCGCAAGAAGGAGGAGAAACGUGUGCGACGACGCAAGCGCGAUAUCGAUUUGAUAAAUGAUAAUGAUGAUCUGAUCGAUCAAUUGAUAAUCAAUAUGAAGAACGCCUCAGACGAUGAUCGCCAGCUAAAUUUGGCCGGCAAGCCGGCAACUAAGAAGAUUUCAAUGCUCAAACAAGUGAUGUCUCAGCUGAUUAAGAAGGAUCUGCAAUUGGCCUUCUUGGAGCACAACAUACUCAACGUACUUACGGAUUGGCUAGCACCGUUGCCAAAUAAAAGUCUGCCCUGUCUGCAAAUACGCGAAAGCAUAUUGCGUCUGCUAUCCGAUUUCCCAACCAUAGAUAAGUCAUAUUUAAAGCAAUCUGGCAUCGGAAAAGCCGUCAUGUAUUUGUACAAACAUCCACAAGAGACAAAGACAAAUCGAGAUCGGGCUGGCCGCUUGAUAUCGGAAUGGGCCCGUCCCAUCUUCAAUCUGAGCUGUGAUUUCUCAGCAAUGAGCAAGGAGGAGCGUCAGGAGCGCGAUCUGGCGCAAAUGUCACGCAAUCGUCAUAAGACCCCAGAGCCUGCGCCCGCAUCAAGCAGCAAUCCACCAUCGCUAAAUCAGACCUUUUCCAGUGAGGAUAAACUGCUGCGUCCCGGCGAUCCCGGCUGGGUGGCCCGCGCCCGUGUACCAAUGCCUUCCAACAAAGAUUACGUUAUUCGCCCCAAGUCAACCGUCGAAGGCGAAGUUUCAUCUUCAAAACGCAAGCCUAAUCGCUAUGAGAAGCACAUGAAACGCUUUUUGGAUUCAAAACGCUCGAAGGAGAGUCGUCGUGCCGUCGAAAUCUCUAUAGAGGGGCGUAAAAUGGCGCUUUAAGUAUAAGACAACAAACAGACACAUACAACAAGAUCAUUCAAAGACACUCGACAAAAGGAUUGACGAUAUAUAUAUAUAUAUAUAUAUGUACAUGUACAUGCAUAUUUGUAUAUUUAAAACGCCUUUCUACACAUUUAUGUAUGUAUGCAAAUGAUCGCCAUUUAAACUUAACAAAAAUAUCCAUAAUCAACUUGCAGAAACAUAUUCAUACAUAUAUUUGACAACUGCUGACAGGCUUAAGUAAAUAAUUGAGUUCCUCAAGUACCAUAGACAAAUCCAUCAGCAUCGGCAUCUGCCAAUUGGAAUACUCUCCUGCACAAGAAACUUAAGUCGAUGUUGUCCUGUGAUACGCUUUUGUCACAAUGUCUCAAGCAAAUUAAGUCUAAUAGCGACACUCACAUACACAUACAUACACAGACAGAGGACACAUAAACACGCACAUCCACACACACACAGAGACAGAGAACACGCACACACACACACAGACAGAGACAGAGGACACAAACACACACACACAGACGUAGUGAGAAAGAAACACACACAGAGACAGAUGACACAUACACACACACACACACACACAGAGAGAGGCAGCUGACACAUAUACACACACAUCCACCAACACACACACAUCCACAAAGAUACACACACCCGUACACAUCCAUAAGCGUGCAUAUAUUGUAUAAAACCAACUUAUCUGAAGGCUAAGAUAUUGAACAACACAAUUCAGAAAAUGUACAAUUUCGUUGCUUCGAAUGUGAAUUAAUAAAUGCGAAGAGUCGGCACUGACACCUCUCAUAUACAUACAA